GGGAGGCGGAGGCGCAGAGGUCCAAGUGCUGAAGUCUCCAUGUGACAGUGAGCGGGAUCCCCGCUCCGAGCACCGCUCGACUCUGGAUCGCGGCCACAAAAACCUUGCACUGCUCCAGCUCCAACGCAAACCAGCAGGCCGGGGACACCGGGCUUUCGGCCGCGCCGCCGCCGAACUUGGGGUACAGACUGAGUCGCCGCCGCCGGGAGGAUUCCGGGGUACCUGGCGGAGGGAGGCGGCGCGGCGCGGCGCGCGGGGAUUUCUGUCAGCGCUCCCGAGCACCGAGGCAUGAACGGCUUCACGCCGGAGGAGAUGAGCCGCGGCGGGGACGCGGCCGCCGCCGUGGCCGCCGUGGUUGCAGCUGCGGCCGCUGCCGCGGCCGGGCCGGGCCCCGGGCAGCUGUGCUGUCUGCGGGAGGACGGAGAGCGGUGCGGCCGGGCGGCGGGCAAUGCCAGCUUCAGCAAGCGGAUCCAGAAGAGCAUCUCCCAGAAGAAGGUGAAGAUCGAGCUGGACAAGAGCGCAAGGCAUCUUUACAUCUGUGAUUAUCAUAAAAACUUGAUUCAGAGUGUUCGAAACCGAAGGAAGAGGAAAGGCAGUGAUGACGACGGCGGCGAUUCCCCGGUUCAGGAUAUCGAUACUCCAGAGGUUGAUUUAUACCAAUUACAAGUAAAUACACUUAGGAGAUACAAAAGACACUUCAAGCUACCAACCAGACCAGGACUUAAUAAAGCACAACUUGUUGAGAUAGUUGGUUGCCACUUUAGGUCUAUUCCAGUGAAUGAAAAAGACACCUUAACUUAUUUCAUCUACUCAGUGAAGAAUGACAAGAGCAAGUCAGAGCUCAAGGUUGAUAGUGGUGUCCACUAGGGGGCAACGUAGAGACUGAUUCUUGGAUGCUCAGAUGCCCAGACUGUGCUGGUUUUCACAUGUAGAAGUGUUCCUUGUGUAUUUUUUCUACAGAGGAUUUUCUCUGGUUUUAUUUUCUUUGUUUCUGACGCUAAUAAUUAGUUGGGAACUCGUGUACCAUGAGCUUCCUAGAUUAAGAAUAUUUUAAAUAAAGGUUGUUACUAUUAUA